AUGAUCUUGACUUAUCUUAUUUGCGACGCUUUUUCCCGCAUUCCAUUUACUUGCAUUCCUCGCAUCCCGUUUCCCCGUAUCCCUUUACCACGCAUCUCGUUUCAUCUGCAUCUCACUCACCCACCGCCCGCGCAUACCCUUUCGCGAUCGCACAGCGGCGACGAGCGCCUGACGCGUUUCGGCAACAGCCGCACGGUGACGUGGAUCGUCGGCGACUGCUCCACGUCGUCGUUCACAGCGUCAGGCAGUGACAGCGAGGGCCCCAUGUACGGACUGUCGCUCACCGACGAAUCCGUGUUCGCAGACUACCAGUACGACGUCUGGCGACUCGCGACGAGCAUCGUGCUGCUCGCGCGGGAGAAUCUCGCGGCGGCGGGGUCGACGGGGGCGGGGGCGGCUUCCGCCGAUGGCGGAGCCGCGGGAGGUGGAGGCGGAAGCGGAGGCGGGGGAGCGGCGGAAGAGGCCGUUUUGCGCGCGGUGGUGUUGGCCUUUGCGCGGAAGUACCUGAAGACGAUAAUGGGGUUCAAGCAGGGGGAGGUGAAGGGCGGAGCGGGCGGGGAAGGCGGAGCGGAGGGGGCGAACGCGCGGAAGCUGUCGCAGGUGCUGUUGAUGUCCGGGGGGAACAUGAAGGGGCGACUGGUGCGGUUCUUGGCGAUUGUGGAGAGAGAGUAUAGCAGGCGGCGGCUUCUAAAGAAAUGGUGUGUAGAGGAGGGCGGGCGGUGGGCAUUCCAGGAGCAUCCGGGAAAGCUGCAGGCGUGCCCCAAGUUUGAGGAAGACGCCGUGGUGGCGGCGCUCGCCUCGUAUGCAGAUGGAGUCAACGUGAAGGGGCUUGCCCGCAGCAUGCACGCUGACCCGGCUUCUUGCGGGGUUUCAAGAUACAUGGCGCUGACCGAAACGAGCAGUGGGGAGCUACAUGUGUUGGACGUGCGCAUGCAGCAGCGCCCCACCGCCUACCACUUCAUGAACCCUGACGAGCGCCGCGCCUACCGCCACCGCUUCCCCCACGAGACGGACCGGUUUCUUGAAGCCAGCGCUGCUCUGUGCUCGUCACACGACAGCAGCAGCAUCGGAUGGAUGGAGCUGCAGGAGGGUGUGCAUCCGAGUGCGGCGGGGCGGUAUUCAGUGAGAGACGUGUCGCCAUACGAGGAGGAGUAUCCCACUGCAGUUUCUGCAGACGUCAAGUCUAAACUCAAGAGUUUCGCUCUCACCACUCAGGGCAAAGUGGUUCCUGUUCCCAAGGCUGACCAUGGCAAGUUCUACACCCGAGACAUCUACAUUGUGCUCAAGACCUCGGGUUCCAAAGCGGCAGGCGGUGUGACCCACGCCGUGCACUACUGGCUGGGCAAGGGAGCCUCACCAGAGGACGCGUCCCGGGCGGCGCUCAAGGCGCUGGACCUAGAUAUUGCCGUGGGCGGCAAGUCAACGCAACACCGCGAGCAGCAGGGCCACGAGUCGCCGCUGUUUCUGUCCUACUUCCGCCCCUGCAUUAUUCCCAUUGCGGACGGGGCUAGUGGGGAGCGGAGGCUGUACCAGGUCAAGGGCAGACGGUUCCUGCACGUGCGCCAGGUUGCUUUUGCGCGCUCCUCCCUGAACCACUCGGACGUGUUUGUGCUGCAAGCGCCCUCCAAGCUCUACCAGUUCAACGGUGCCAAUGUCUCCAAGCAGGAGCGCAUUCGAGCAGCUGAUGCCACUCUGCUGCUCAAGAGCCAGUCGCCUAACGGCAGCAUGCCCGUUGCUGUGAUUGACGAUGGCAAGGCGGACGACGCCAGCUCCAGCGAGUUCUGGGACCUCUUUGGCGGCUUUGCUCCCAUCGCCAAGAAGAGUGCCAGUGAGGAGGAUGUGGAGGCCAAGGCCGUGCCUCCCACGCUCUACCUCGUCACUUCAAGCGGCCUCCAGGAGAAAGCCAAGGCUCCCCUCAAGAAGAAUCUGCUGGAGAGCAGCAAGUGCUACCUGCUUGACACGGGCCCGAACCUCUUUGUGUGGUUCGGGAAGCUCAGCACCGUGCCUGACAGGCGGGCGGCCUGUGUGGCUGCAGAGGCGCAUAUGUCCAGCCGCCCCCCCUCGGUGUUAGUGACGCGGAUGAGUGAGAGAAGCGAGACAGCAGCCUUCAAGGCGGCCUUUGCCGAGUGGCCUCUCGCCCCUGUGAUGGGCGCUGGAGAGGGAGGUGCCAGCAAGCUCAAAGCCAUGUUGCGGCAGUCAGGCAUGGUAGACAAGGCAGUGGGGAGGGGGCCGCAGGCAGCAGCAGGGGCAGCAGAGCCGCCACCCCCUCCUCUCGCUGAUGUUGCCGGCGAGAUGAAGGUGUGGCGGGUGAACGGCAGCAACAAGACACUAGUAGCAGCGGAGGAAGUGGGGCGGUUUCACGGCGGCGACUGCUACAUCGUGCAAUACACCUUCACUCGCGACCGCAAGUUUGAAUACGUGGUGUUUCUCUGGGUGGGCCGAGACAGCACGCAAGAGGAGCGCACGUCUGCUCUUGCUGUGGCCACCAGGGCAGUCGACGCGCUGAGAGGAAACGCCACUCUGGUGCGGGUUGUGCAGGGGAGGGAACCCGAGCAGUUCAUCUCCUUGUUCAGGACACACCUCUUCUUUCUCAAGGGCGGCAGCAGUGCAAGCUACAAGGCGAAAAUUGCCGCCCAGGGCGGCUCUGACGACACGUACGACCCGGCAGGCGUGGCUCUGUUCCGUGUGCGCGCCCGGGGGGCGGCAUCUACUGGCGCGAGUGGUGCAGUGCUGUUUAAAGCGGUUCAGAUGGAUCCGGUGGCGAAAUCGCUGAAUUCGGAGGAUUGUUUCUUGCUCCAGACGCCCACCAGCCUCUUUUUGUGGCUGGGGAAUGGCAGCAGUGCGGCUGACAAGGAUGCUGUAGCAGCUGCAGCCGAAAUUAUCAAGCCCGGCACGCUAGUGAAGCAAGUGGUGGAGGGCAAGGAGACGUCCGUGUUCUGGCAGCAUCUGGGCAGCAAGGGGGAGUACCCCGCUUCCAGGGAGGGGAAGGAGGCAGCGCGGGAUGGCAGGCUGUUUCAAGUCACGGGCAGUGGCGACAGCUUCAAGGUGCUGGAGGUGCCAGGGUACAGCCAGGACGAUCUAAUCAGUGAAGACGUGAUGCUGCUGGACACACACACGGAGGUGUUUGCAUGGGCGGGGGUGAACGUGCCUGAUAAGGAGAAGAAAGAGGCACUCAACCAUGCACUGCGCUAUGUGGACCGAGUGGCAGCAACGGAAGGCAGGUCAAAGGAUACCAUGGUGGUGCAAGUGGUGGAGGGGUAUGAGCCCCCCAUGUUCACUGCUCUCUUCCCCCACUGGGACCAUGCUGCGAGUGCGGCCCUAGCAGAUCCAUAUGACCGCAAGCUGGCUCUGCUGCAGGGAAAAUCGCUCGAGCUCUCUGAUACCGUCAAGCGUCGGCUCGCAGCGCUCACGCACCAAUCCCCAUCCGCCACGUCAUCCUCCUCCACCCCACGCUCCUCCUCCACACCCCACUCCCCCUCCGCCAAGCCCUCCCUCUCCGCGCUCACCAUCUCCCCCGCGCUCAUCAAGGAGCUGGCGGGCAGGAGGGGGCCCUCCCCCGCCCCCUCGCCCUCCACCCAGCGCGCUGCUGCCAUGGCUGCACUCACUGGCACGCUCAAAGGGGAGAAUCUGGGUGAGUGGACUGCCACCACUCCCCCUCCGCCAAGCCCUCCCUCUCUGCGCUCACCAUCUCCCCCGCGCUCAUCAAGGGGCUGGCGGGUGGGUAGGAGGGGGCCCUCCCCCGCCCCCUCGCCCUCUACCCAGCGGGCUGCUGCUAUGGCUGCACUCACUGGCACGCUCAAAGGGGAGCCGAACCUGGGUGAGUAG